AUGGUAUUGCGAGGUACCCUCCUCGGUGGCACCGAUCUCCGGUACACCGAUGUGGCGUUUAGCCGUGAUGGAGCACGGGUUGCAGCGUUCGGAAAUCGCACGGACCACUUGGCAACAGUGUGGAAUGUGAAGAAGGCUUCGGCAGAUGAAGAAGAGCUCACAGGAGAAAAGGUCGUCGAAGCCGUUCUUCCUGGUGACAUGUCAUUCCUCAGCUUCAACCCGGCCGACUCUGACCAGCUUUGCAUCGGAGGAGCUAGUGGUCUCUAUUUCUGGAGGGUGGACAACCUUGUUGACAAUUGGGUAAUAUCUCCAACCAAGGCCAAAGCACCUGCUCCCCGAGGUAGGGGCAAGCGGAACCUGCUCGAAGAAGAGGACGACAUCGAGGUCGACGAUGUCAACGCGGAUCAGAACGCGAUCGGUACCGCGGACCGCGUGAACUCGACUGGUGCAAGCGACCAACCCCUCCCCGACACGACAAGUGCCCCUGCUGAAGCCUCGGCCUCGCGCAGUCCAUCUUCUUAUGAGAGCAGCCAACCUGAGACAGGGGAUGCGGCAGGAGCUGUUGCCGCGGCCGAGAUAUUCCACCUCGAGAACCUCGUUACCAUGGGGGAUGGGAAGCACGACUCCUUCACGUGUCAUUGCUGGGGGCUUGAAAGCACGCUCUGGGCAGUCAAUGAACCGGGACAAUUGGCAUGCUUUGAUGCCAACACGGGCAAGUACACUUCUUGCGUGACACUCAGCCGUGCUUCGAACACCUCCGACGGGGAAUGGACGGCUGUUGGCCUCCUCAUGACCAAGACUCACAUUGUCGUGACUGGAAGCGACGGCUCGAUCGAAUGGCUUGCACUUCCGACCGAGUCAGGGGGAAGCCUCGAGGUACUCUUGAAGUUUCUUUCCAAGGUGGAGUUUAGCAUCCAGCUGCUGCGUGACGACAGCUCACCCUGCCGCGCUGUUGCGAUGGCGUGCAGUCCUCUGUAUGACAAGAUGGUGGUGGGCUCGUCUGAUGGAAGCCUCUACAGUGUAUUUGUGGACUUUGAACGACAUGCAAGUGAACCAGGCAUGCCUUCAAGUGGGGUAAACUCCCUGCGGACUUUUCAUUCUGGAAAGGUCGUGGCUCUGACCUGUCUUCGACCACUGUCGGCCGAAGUUGGGGACUCGGGUGGUGUCCUGAUAACUGGAGGUGAAGAUGGUGCAAUCCGAGCAUGGACUGCAGGCCGAGGGAAGUUGUGUGGCACACAAACGUUCUCGGCGUUUUCAACGACACAAGAGCUCGACGAGGCCAUCGCGGGCGACAAGCGGGCUUCUCUCGAUGAAAGGAUUGUCACUUUGGAGGGAGCCGGAGAUGCCCCGAAGAAGAAGGGUGACGUGCCAGUCCCGGUUUGUGCCCUGGCUUCUUGCAGAGCCCAGCCUUUGGUCGCCAUUGGUCUCUGUCAUGGAGCGGUUCACAUUGCUUACGUCAAACAGACAUCUGCUUACGAUGUGGACAUGACGUCCCUUUGGAGCCAACGUUUCUACCGUGGUCCCGCAUCGCAGCUUUGCUUCCAUCCCACGAAGACUCUGCUGGCCAUAGCCUCUACGGACGAUCGCUCGGUGCACGUGAUCAAUUUUCACAAUUCCAUGGGGGAUUUCGUGGUAUGCGGUGUUGGCGUGGCGCCACAGGGGCAAGGAGGUGUAAACGGAUUAAUGUGGCGGGGAGUUGACAUCGUUUUCAGCACGGAGGACUGCCUCGUGUGCGCUCUUCAAGUCAAGUCGGAGCGUCGCGCGCGCCCCACCCGCGUUGACCCCCUUUCGUGGGUGUUGCGCACGCCCACACCGUUGCACGGGAUGCGACCUCAUCCGCAGAUCCGGCACGGGCCAUUCUUCGCCGUGUCGGCCGACAUGCGUGUCUUGCAGGUUUUACCCGCACUUCCUGACAAAGGAAUCCCUUCCACCUUGGCGGACGGCGGGGAGCCGAAGGCUCUAUCUCCGCUCGACACCCUCGAGGCGCAUCAGAAGGGUGUGGCGGUUAUGGCCGCGUCUCCAGAUGGCCGCUUUAUGGCCACGGGAGGGGCCGAUGGACUCGUAUGCCUGUGGAUGGUGUACGAGAACCAGGUGGAACUUCUCAACUCCGCUCUCGUGCACGCCGGUCCGGUGAUCUCACUGGCUUUUGCGGCCAACUCGGCGACUUUGUUCACAACGUCCCUCGACGCAACAGUAUUCGGCCUCGCUCUGGAAGGUCUCCAAGAAGGGUCGGAAGCCCAGCCACCACCGGUAGUGGCGACGCUGGAGAGGCUAGCGGACAGAAGAGCAGCGGCACAAAAGAUGCAAGGCGGCAUCAUCGAGCGGUUAGAUGGUGAAACGUGGAGGCAGGAAUCAGCGGCGGAAGUCCGGGACAACGCAAACAUCGAGCUUGAUGCGGUGGGCAUAGCGCAGCGGAAGGUGGUAGGAGAGUUCAAGGAGCGACUCGCACGCAUUAUCGAAAAAAACGAAACCCUCCCAGAGCUUGAGAAGAUGGAACGGAGCGAGUUCGUAGUGGACGUUGCCGGCAGGGAUCGGAAAAUAGACGCCAACGAAGCCGCGGCGAAGAAGCUCGGCGAGGAUAUUCGAACCAGAAAUCUAGGCAAGGAGUUGAUCGCGUCCAGAAUCAAGAUAGAAUGCUGGGACUCAAUGGAGGUCCAGAAGAAACAAGUAUGGCGUAUUCAACCGGAUGGUGUGUUCGUCGAAAACUUCGCGAUUCGACGUCGCAGCCCUGAAGAGCUCGCACUCAUCAACAAGGUGAAGCAGAUGAGAGCGUUGGAGCUCAGGGACGUACGGCGCGGGACUUACUCUGCGUCUCGGGCAUGGCCAGGUCUUCUCGAUGAAGAUGAUGAUGGAUCAGACGACGAGGACAAAGACGAGGAGGACACGGAAGACCCAAUCGCGGCCCUCGAGGUGCUGGAGGCGGCAGACGAAACCGACCCGACUUACCUGCUCUACCCUCCGCUAGCGCUACGCACGCCGAGGCAGAGGCGCACACAGAUAGUGCUGCUCGGAGAGUUGGUGUUGGACAUCCAGAGAGCAUUCAACCGACACCUGGACAAACUGCAUUCCGCCAAAGAAGAUUGCAUGGACAAGGUGGAGGAGAAGAACAAUCGCAUUCAGGAGAUCCUCGUGGAUCUUGGUUCGGAUGAAACGUUUUUCAGGCCCAAGUGGCUGGACUUGGAGCAACCCGAAGAAGUGUUCAAUGUGGAGAGCGACAUGACGGUAAAGCCUUACGAAAGUGAAGCCGAUAAAGAGGCACGCAGAAAGGCGGAAGAAGAGAAGCGUCGGCGGGAGGAAGAGGCCAAGGGAUCCAACGACAAGUUCAGAGCGCUCGACGAUAUGAUGCACGGAACCUUGGAGGUGAAGCAAGACGCCCUCACGGUCGAUGCAGUGAAGAAGCCAGACUGGAUGGACGAAGUUGCACCCGAAGACAUGACCGAAGAUCAGAAAAAGGAAGCAGAGGAGUACGAGGCAAAACUGAAAGAGGUGCAAGAAGAACAAGCAACGUAUCGUAAAGCCCUUGAGUUAGAACUGAAGAAGCUUCGGACAGAGGUGGCCGAUAUUGUGAAAGCCUUCGACGACAGGUUAAAGGAGAUGUGCGAACUCCGAGUGCAGGUCCAGAUGUUUAUCGCUUCCCAGGAGCUUUUGCUCACGCGCCUAGCCAUGGGAAUCGUGGAGCGAGAGGACGAUGACGUUACCAUGGAAAAGCUAGACAAAGCGCUCGGGGAACUCUUCGAAAAGAAGGCUCUGGCACAGGAGCGCUUGGAGGGAUACAGGCUGCACGUAGAACAAGCACGCGAAGAAAUAGAAACCUUGCAGGCGGAGGAUCGACUGAUGGAGAGAAACUUCAAGAAGGAAAUCCAAGAGGCCGCGUCAAACCCCAUCGACAUGGCGGAAAUGAUGGCGCAACUGGUGCAGCUGUACAAGCUUCGCGAUCACAGCACCAUGAGCACAGGGGGCUCUUCAGGGUACCGUGGAAGUGCUACGGGCAUGAGCAACGCCACGAGUUACCGCAAGUCGCAAUCGAGGUGAGAUACCAGGCGACUGUUCCAUGACGGUCGAAGCUUUACUUGCGCCAGAUUACAAGUGCACGAGUACAGAUACCUCUGGAGGGCGGCCCGCCAUCUUCCGCACACGGAGCGUUGGCAUGUCUCUUGACCCCCCCACCCCGUCCUAAAACGGAAAGUCACGACGGCAGCUCAUUUGGCAACGCCGGAAAUCCGGCAAAGCUUGUCACUAGAAUUUCACCCCAAACCUCCGUUUCCCCC